GCGGCGGCGGCGGCGCGGUGGUGGCGCUGUGGAGACCGGGUCUAGACGCCAGGCGGCCGCCCGGCGCAAGGCGCUUUCUGGCUCCCUCCCCCAGUGCACAGCCCGCCUCCUUCCGCGGUGCCUGCAGCCGCAGGCUCGCUCUGCCCUCCCAAGACUCGCUCCGGGAGACGCUGCGCGCGGGUCCUGGGCACAGGGUCCGCGGCCUGAGACCGUGAGGCCGAGGCGAGCCGCCAGCGGUAGCCGGCCUCCGGCGCGGUUCUCUCCCCGGCGGGCGCCCCAUGCGCGAUCGCUUCUCCCGGGUAGUCGCCACCGCCGCUUCCCGGGACUGAGACGCCCGCUUCGUCGGCUCCCCGCCCGUGACCGAGGCUAGCACUCAGCCGGUCGUGCUCCAGGCAGUCGCCAGCGCUGAGUGGAAACAAAAUGUCAGUCAGCGUGCAUGAGAACCGCAAGUCCAGGGCCAGCAGCGGCUCCAUCAACAUCUACCUGUUUCACAAGUCCUCCUAUGCCGACAGCGUCCUCACCCACCUCAACCUUUUACGCCAGCAGCGUCUCUUCACCGACGUCCUCCUCCAUGCGGGGAAUAGGACCUUCCCCUGCCACCGGGCAGUGCUGGCCGCAUGCAGCCGCUACUUCGAAGCCAUGUUCAGCGGCGGCCUGAAAGAGAGCCAGGACAGCGAGGUGAACUUCGACAAUUCCAUCCACCCAGAAGUCCUAGAGCUUCUCCUCGACUAUGCGUACUCCUCCCGGGUCAUCAUCAACGAGGAGAAUGCAGAAUCGCUCCUGGAGGCUGGUGACAUGCUGGAGUUUGAGGACAUCCGGGAUGCCUGUGCCGAGUUCCUGGAGAAGAACUUGCACCCCACCAACUGCCUGGGCAUGCUGCUGCUGUCCGACGCACACCAGUGCACCAAGCUGUACGAGCUCUCCUGGAGAAUGUGUCUCAGCAACUUCCAGACCAUCCGGAAGAACGAAGACUUCCUCCAGCUGCCUCAGGACAUGGUCGUGCAGCUCCUGUCCAGUGAGGAGCUGGAGACAGAAGAUGAAAGGCUGGUGUACGAGUCUGCAAUUAACUGGAUCAGCUACGACCUGAAGAAGCGUUACUGCUACCUCCCAGAACUGCUGCAGACGGUGAGGCUGGCACUCCUGCCGGCCAUCUAUCUCAUGGAGAACGUGGCCAUGGAAGAGCUCAUCACCAAGCAGAGGAAGAGCAAGGAGAUCGUGGAAGAGGCCAUCAGGUGCAAGCUGAAGAUCCUGCAGAACGACGGUGUGGUCACCAGCCUCUGUGCCCGGCCUCGGAAAACCGGCCAUGCCCUCUUUCUCCUGGGGGGGCAGACUUUCAUGUGUGACAAGCUGUAUCUAGUAGACCAGAAGGCCAAAGAAAUCAUUCCCAAGGCUGACAUUCCCAGCCCAAGAAAAGAGUUCAGCGCGUGUGCGAUUGGCUGCAAAGUAUACAUUACUGGGGGGCGAGGGUCUGAAAACGGAGUCUCAAAAGAUGUCUGGGUUUACGAUACCCUACACGAGGAGUGGUCCAAAGCUGCCCCCAUGCUGGUGGCCAGGUUUGGCCAUGGCUCUGCUGAACUAAAGCACUGCCUGUAUGUGGUCGGGGGGCACACGGCCGCUACGGGUUGUCUCCCAGCCUCCCCGUCGGUCUCCCUAAAGCAAGUAGAACAUUAUGACCCCACAACCAACAAAUGGACCAUGGUGGCCCCACUCCGCGAGGGCGUAAGCAAUGCCGCUGUCGUGAGUGCCAAGCUCAAGUUGUUUGCUUUUGGGGGUACCAGUGUCAGUCAUGACAAGCUCCCCAAGGUUCAGUGUUACGAUCAAUGUGAAAACAGGUGGACGGUACCGGCCACCUGUCCCCAGCCCUGGCGCUACACAGCAGCAGCUGUGUUGGGGAACCAGAUUUUUAUUAUGGGAGGAGACACAGAGUUCUCUGCCUGCUCUGCUUACAAAUUCAACAGUGAGACUUACCAGUGGACCAAGGUGGGAGACGUGACAGCCAAACGCAUGAGCUGCCACGCUGUGGCUUCCGGAAACAAACUCUACGUGGUUGGAGGCUACUUCGGCAUUCAGCGAUGCAAGACCCUGGACUGCUAUGAUCCGACGUUAGACGUGUGGAGCAGCAUCACCACCGUCCCGUACUCACUGAUCCCUACGGCGUUUGUCAGCACCUGGAAGCAUCUGCCUUCUUAGGUGACCGGCGUCCUGAAGGAAGUGAGCAUGAGCUCACUCCACGAGACAGCAUGAGAUUUCUACUUUGGAGAGGAAGGCAAGUUUAAUGAAGAGGAAGAAAACAGAAAAGUUGCUACAAGACUUGAGUAAAAUCCACUGCACCUUGUAAAUGUUCUAACUGGACAUGAAGGAGGGGGGGUGGGAGUUUCCAGUGCAAGCAGCACAUGGUUUAAAUAUGAAUGAAUGAACUGUGAUCUAGUCCUUGUCUUGUAAUUGUGGAUUAAUGUCAGCAUUAAUCAGCCCCUCAAAGGGAGAGAAAAGCUGGACCUUUUCCCUUGCUGUACCAUAUUCAGCGUUUGAUUUCCAUGGGCUCCGCCAUUUGUGUGUAAAAUUUGAAAUGGUUGUCGCCUCUCUCUGAAGAGCGAGCUUGAAGGCUGCACACCAGCUGCCGUCCGGGGGUCGGGGGGGACACUGACUGAGCUGGCUGGAGGACGGGGACCACCGACUCCAGGGACUGUGCACUCCCCAGCAAGGCUUCCGAACAAGGGGGCUGUUGUUGAGAGCCUUUUGGUAGAUGUUCUUGUCUAUUUAUAAAUGACUGUAAACUUUCCCUUAGCGUUAAGAAUGUGUUACAGAUCUAGCUAUUUAUUGUUUGAUGCCUGCAUGCUGAAGCGAUGCCUCACCGUGGUCCGCACGUGCAGGGACCUGUGUGAAUGGUUGUAUGUUUUGCACAUUUUGUGGUUGUUGAGGUGUGCUUUGCCGCACAAAGAUGAAAACUUUUCAGUUACAAUUUGGAGUUUAACUGGAGGGUGGGGGUGGGCGGGGGGAGGGCGGGAUUAAAUGCCAAGACAGGGAAGGCUUACAAGACAUCCCAGAGUAAACCGCGGAGGUCUGUUUUCUUAGAUGCACCGACUUUUAAUGGGGUUUCCUGAGAUAGGGUCAGGCUGAUGGCUGAUGGGGUACAGGGGGCUCCUUCUCUCUGCCCUGCUCCCUCCCAUCUGAUUCACCUAACUUCAGCUGCUGAAAUGUGGAAAGGACCAAAUCGCUUUACAGUUUUUUUUUUUCUUUGUGUAAUAUCCUGACAUCCUGGAAAAUUCUGUGGAAUCAUUCUGUAUAUAGAGCACAAGGUAAAGUCAUUGUCCAAAGUUUAUUUAUUUAUCUAUUUAUUACCCCCUGAGAAUACUUUGCCAUAACCACAGCUAACAAGAAAAACAGGUGUCACUAAUGUGAGUUAAGUCACCAUCCACGUUUCCUUGACCUGGACCUAGUGCUCUCUCUUACUGCUGGACGAUUUAGCUAGAAGUCCUCUAAUUCCUUCAUACUGGUACAGUGUAUACUCUAGCGCCCACCUUUAGGUGAAUCUCUAAAAAAAAUCUCUUUGGUGCCCAGAAGUGACACAUAUCUGGCCACAAAACACCAAAGAAUUGCAAGCAGUGGCCCCUAUUGAGAUUUCCCGGUGUAGCCGGGACUCGAUUGUGAAUACAUUCUUUGCUAGUUUGAGUGCUUGCUUGUUAAACAUGUGCCGUGAUAGGUAUUAGUGCUAGACCCAAAUAAGGUGCUUCCUCAAAGCUGUCUGGGGAAGGCCAAAGUGUGCAACUUAAACUGCUUUUGUCGGUGUUUCUCACAUAGCUGUAUUUUAGAAAAUAAGGUUUAAGACUGACAACAUCCUCGUACAUCGUGAGUGCUUGCAUUGUCUGAUGAUGGAUAAAUCCUUACUGUUUCUCUCCACCUUAGUGCGUUAGGCUUAUUGUACGUGUCUGUGUGUGCCAUGGAUAUAGUGGGACCAAAAGAAAUGAAACAUUGGCCUAAAAGAAUCUUUGUACUUGGCAGCAGUCCGUUGCUGGUCCCUGGAUGUGUUCUGAGCAGUGCCAAUGUCUAAUCCAAUCCCAGCGGCAUGGUUACCCAGCAGCAGUGCGGGCCCUGUAGCUUAGGAUGCAAAUCCACCAGAGAUGGAUGUCAGCGAGUGGCUUCUGAAAGCAGGCUGGAUUUUCUGCAGCUGUUUCAAAGUUGUGGUCUGUCCUUGAAUCCUCGGUUAAUGACUCUGUGAGAGCCAGAGGGAGCUGCGGUGAGGGUGGGCCCCCAGCCUGCGGGGAACUUUCUGGACUCCCACUCUCUGCAUUGAUGUGGGCAUUUGGGCUCCCUACUUGACCAUUCUCACCCUGUGAAACGUCCAACACUUUGAAGCAAAUACAAUUCACAGCACAGGACACACAAAAACCUUGGCGUAAGACAGGGAGGGUUCUUCUCAUUUUGAGGCCUGGUUGCCGUAGUAACGGACAACAAAGGGCAGCCUUCCACUUCUGGUAUAAUUGUGUAGCCCCUUUUCUCCCGGCUUGACACCUGUCUGAAUAAGAGUGAUUAGAGCCACAUAAUAUCCCUCUCUUGGUUGUUGAGUAUAUGAUUCACGCACAAAACCCCGUAUAAGUUGAAGUAAAAUGUUCAUGUUCGUAUGUACUUGUUUGCUACUACUACAUUUUUGAGGUUUUGUAAAAGUUUUUUUUUUCACAAUGUGAAACUGGAAGUCAAUAAAUUAUUAGAGAUUUUCUCUUCA